AUGGUAAUUGCAAAUCAUAGACAUGCCCCUCAGUUACCUGCUGGCCAUAACCGAGGCUCCAGAGCUUUUAUUAUUGCCCAAAUUCUCAGUUUUAUACUUCUAGCCUCAGGAAUAGGCUUAUACGCGGGAGAGGCUUAUAAUAAAUUCACUAAUCCACAUGUUAUCACUGAAGAAGAUAUGGGUAUAAGAGCUUCAGAAGGCAUACUAAACAACUACACCGAUGAAGAUCUGAACACUCUGAUCGAGGUGAAUCAACAAGGUAGUGGACUUUCAGUACCAGAAGAAAUGAUAUUAGCCGAAAAUAGUUUCAUCGAACCAUCAGCUCCUGAACUUGCAGAAAUGAACACAAUAGAACUAAUUGAUCCAAUUCCACAAGAAUUUUCUGGUCAACCUGUCGAAGAUAUAGAUGUGGCUCAAGUAAUUGAACAACAGAUAGAAUCUUCCGGUCAAGAAGAUUCCAAUAAUCUGUUAGUAGAAGCUUCUAUUUCUAUAGAAGUAGCCCCCGAAGUUUUGAUAGUUUCUAAAUCUCAAGACAUUCCAGAGGUUCAGUCUCAAGCUUCAAUUGAAACGUUGCCUCAAAAUAUCGGGGAUGUUCAACCUUUAGCUGUGAUUGAAACACUAUCUGAAGAACCACUGUUACAUCCAGAGAGUAGAAUUGAAACGGUUCCACAACCGUUGGUUGAUACGCAACAAGGUGUCCAACAAGGAGUCCAACAAGAUGUUCAACCCGAUGUUCAACUCGAAGUUCAACCCGAAGUUCAACCCGAAGUUCAACCCGAAGUUCAACCCGAAGUUCAGCCAGUAAUUCAACCACUAGUUCACGAGGAAACUCAACCAGAUAUUCGACACGAUGAGCAAAUCAAUACUCAAUCUGUUGUACAUCAAGUGAUGGCGACGCAAGUUAAACUUGAUGUUCAAGAAGGAAACCCAUUACAACAAAACCAUCCAGUGGAAGAACAAGAGACAUUGAAUAUUCCAGCACAAGAGUUCGAAAUCUUUGAACAGCCUCAACCUACUGAACAAGCACACGAGGAAGCUAUACCACAGGCAGUUUCACAAAACAAUCCUUUAGUCAAUGAGCAAAGUUCUAGUGAAACAAAACAAGCUGAGCCUAUCGCUCAUAUAAUUCCAGAUCAGCCUGUUAUUCAAGAACCAUUACUUCAAGUACAACAAGUGCAUGAAAACAACGAAUUACAGGUUAUGCAAUCGGCAGAUGUUUUCACAGAACAAGUUCAACAAACUAUUCAAGUAGUUCCCGAACAACAUUCCCUUGAUGGCUCAGGAAAUGAGAAUGCAAUGGAGCACUCGCAACAACAAACAGCAGAAGUUCUUACUGAACAUCAAUCAAAUAUAGAAAAUCAAAAUGAAGCUGAACAUAUCGCGAUUCCAUUAAUAACUAUAGAAAACGCUCCACAAACAUUCGAUUCUCAAGAGCAUUUCAUUCCAAAUACUGAAGAAAUUUCAAAAUCUAAUCCAUCUGAAGAUCUUUUGCCACCACAAGUUAAUGAACUUCCAGCUCAGAAUCAGUUGGUAGUUUAA